AUGAGAAAUCCCGAUGAAGAAACACUCCAAUUUGAAACAUUACGAGAUUGCCUCUCAGCCGCCGUCGUAGAACGCGUGACAAAACCAGCACCAAAACCAAAACGCCGCUCUAAAAAGACAAACCCCCGCCGGCCACCCAAAUCUCAACACGAUGCCUCAUCGGCCAUCACUAGCGUCGGUGACGAAGAUGAAAACACCCAGGUGGACGCAGACGACAUGAUCGACUUCACAUCUUACCUCGCCUCCGAAACCUUUGACUCCUUCCCCCCAGACCUCAAAUUCCUAUCCCACGCAACCCACACAGCCGAUCCGUCCCUCCAACAAUCCCGCUUCCCCCUAUCCCUAACCGGCGCCGACGUAGCGGACCUCUUACCCACCUUAUCCUCAGACGUCGCCGACUCCCUGGCGGCCUACCACAUCGUCGACCCGGCGAAACAAGGCGCUCACGAGUUUUUAGCGCCCGUGUUGACGGAGUACAUAUCCGCCCUCGUCGCGCCGCCGCCUCCGCCGCGGUCGACGCGGGAUUCUGUGGAGGGGUGCGAGCUGUGCGGACGGGACUGGAUCGGGUUGACGUAUCAUCAUCUCAUUCCGCGCAUGGUGCACGAUAAGGUUGUCAAGCGCGGAUGGCACCGCGAGGAGGAGCUGAAUAAUGUCGCGUGGUUGUGUCGGCUGUGUCAUUCUUUUGUGCAUCGGUUUGCGGGGCACGAGGAGCUUGCGAGGCAGUAUUAUACUGUUGAGUUGCUUCUUGAGCAGGAGGAGGUUGUGAGGUUUGCGCAGUAUGCUAGUCGGGUGAGGUGGAAGGGUAAGUGA